UUCAGAUCUCUGAACAAGAGGAUAAUAGAUGAGAUGCAUUUCCUUAAAGAUGUCUUUAGGAAAUCAGAGGCAUAGGAAGCCUACACAAACUUUAUAAACAUGGCUGAAAAAGAAAGAUGAACUGCUUUAGGAUGUCCUUGAAAUAUGAUGUUGGAUGGAUUUUUUUAAUGUCUCUUGGAAGGAGCCGAGUACCAAACGGGUCAAGCCUCUUUCCAGAGUUACAUCACUAGCAAGCCUCAUUCCUCCUGUACGGACCACUCCACUGAAGCGCUUCAGCCAGACACUUCAGCGCUCUAUCAGUUUCCGUAGUGAGAGUCGCCCGGAUCUGUUGAGUCCACGACCAUGGUCUCGAAAUAUGCCUCCAGCUAACACCAAGCGAAGAGACAGCAAACUGUGGAGUGAGACCUUUGACGUUUGUGUCAAUCACAUGCUUACAUCUAAAGAAAUCAAGCGUCAAGAGGCUAUCUUUGAGCUUUCUCAGGGAGAAGAAGACUUGAUAGAAGAUCUGAAGUUAGCAAAAAAGGCAUAUCAUGACCCUAUGCUUAAACUUUCCAUAAUGACAGAGCAAGAGUUGAACCAAAUUUUUGGAACAUUGGACUCUCUAAUACCUCUACAUGAAGAUCUUCUAAGGCGGCUUCAAGAAGUCAGGAAGUCUGAUGGAUCAACAGAACAUGUUGGCCAUAUUCUUGUGGGUUGGCUUCCUUGCUUAAAUUCCUACGAUAGCUACUGCAGCAAUCAAGUAGCAGCCAAAGCUUUACUGGAUCACAAGAAACAAGAUCACAGAGUACAAGAUUUCCUGCAGCGCUGCUUAGAGUCUCCUUUCAGUCGCAAGCUGGACCUCUGGAAUUUCCUUGACAUCCCAAGAAGCCGUUUGGUUAAAUACCCCUUACUGCUCCGAGAGAUUUUGAGACAUACACCAAAUGAUCAUCCAGAUCAACAACACCUUGAAGAAGCUAUAAAUAUAAUCCAGGGUAUAGUGGCUGAAAUCAAUAUAAAAACCGGUGAAUCCGAAUGCCAGUACUACAAAGAAAGACUUAUUUAUCUUGAAGAAGGCCAAAGGGACUCAUUGAUUGAUAAUUCGCGUGUUGUGUGCUGCCACGGUGAACUGAAGAAUAACAGGGGAGUGAAACUACAUGUCUUCCUCUUUCAAGAAGUGUUGGUAAUUACUCGAGCUAUCACCCAUAAUGAACAGCUCUGCUACCAGCUCUAUCGGCAGCCAAUUCCAGUGAGGGAUCUUGUGCUAGAAGAUUUGCAAGAUGGAGAGGUGCGAGUGGGUGGAUCCAUCCGUGGCGCAUUUAGCAACAAUGAGAGGAUCAAAAAUUUCUUCAGAGUCAGCUUCAAAUGUGGAUCGCAAAGCCAGUCUCACUCACUACAAGCCAAUGACUCCUUCAACAAACAGCAGUGGCUUAACUGUAUCCGACAGGCCAAAGAGAAGGUUACGUGUGCAGGAAAAGCCAAGGUGCUGAACUCAGAAGCACAUUUUCUUUUGUCACCAAAUGGAAGCAGAGUAUCCCAGGGAGAAACCAGCCUUGAGCAAAUGGACCAAUCGGGCAGCGAGUCAGACUGUAGUAUGGACACUAGUGAGAACAACAUCGACUGUGAACGCAUGGAACAGACAAACUCUUGUGAAAGUGAAAAACAAUUAGAAACUGAUGUUUGACAAAAAUUAAAGCUCAUGGAAGAAAAGCUGUGUCUUACCUGUACAGUAUUUGCAUUCCAUACAUGGAACCCUUUGGAGAAGCACUUUUAAAACAUUCUUUGUGACAGUGUCAACGCAGUCCUCCUUGUAUUUGUAUCUAUGAGUGUAGUACUGUAUCUGCCAAUCUGUGUAAGCUGGAAUCUCUUGCAACUCAUAUCCUGUGAUUAUAUUACAUAAACAUCUAAGGUGGAUUAAAGAGGUACUUGACCAGUUAUUCUCAAAGUCCUACUGUAAACAGAAUCUCUAAACUACUGUUUAUUUGUGCAUUACAUAACGUUUUUUCUUUUUUGUAGUUUUGUAAAGUGCUUUAUUUGCACUUUAAUGUUGCAGCUGAUAAGAUGGACUUAAGAUGGGGUUUCAGGAUGGGUA